UUUGCAAAUCACUCUAUUGAUCUCCAAAAUGGCCAUUUCUUCUAAAUUUAUUGCUAUUUUUCUCAUUUUUAUUUUCCUUUCUUUUCCAUCAAAAAUCACAUGUGAAUCUGAAAAUAAUGAUACUACUCAAUCAAAAUGUGGUUCAGAUACUGGACAUGGAUGUAGAAACAAGAAUGAGGCAUUAAAGCUAAAGCUUGUAGCCAUUGCUUCAAUUCUUGUAACUAGCAUGAUUGGUGUUUGUUUACCCCUUGUUUCUCGUACAGUUCCUGCCCUUCAACCAGAUAAGAAUUUAUUCGUGUUGGUUAAGGCGUUUGCUUCCGGGGUUAUACUAGCCACUGGAUACAUGCACGUUAUGCCUGACUCGUUUGAUUGUCUUAGGUCAGACUGCUUGCCAGAUAACCCCUGGAAAAAGUUUCCCUUCACAACGUUUGUUGCUAUGCUUUCGGCUAUUUUAACUCUAUGUGUGGAUUCAUAUGCUAUGAGUUACUUCAAGAAGUAUAAAUUGGAAAGUGGAGUAGGAAAUGGAAGAGAUUUUGUUCAUAAUGGGAAGAUGGAGUCGCAAAUUAUUGACAAUAAUAGCCACAUUCAUGGUGAAGCCAAAGUUGAUGAUAAAGCUACUCAAUUGCUUAGGUAUCGCGUGGUAGCUCAGGUUUUGGAACUAGGAAUUGUUGUGCACUCAGUAGUGAUUGGAUUAUCCAUGGGAGCAUCUGAUAAUCCAUGUACAAUUAGGCCACUAGUAGCUGCUAUAUGUUUCCAUCAACUUUUUGAAGGAAUGGGUCUAGGAGGUUGCAUUCUCCAGGCCGAAUAUGGUAUGAAGCUGAAAGGUAUAAUGGUGUUCUUUUUCUCAUUAACAACACCAUUUGGGAUAGCACUUGGAAUUGGUUUAUCAAAAGUGUAUAGUGAAAAUAGCCCAACAGCACUAAUAGUGGUGGGAUUGCUAAAUGCAUGUUCAGCUGGUUUAUUGAAUUACAUGGCAUUAGUGGAUCUUCUUGCAGCUGAUUUUAUGGGGACUAAAUUGCAGAAUAGUAUGAAACUUCAAUCAUGGGCUUAUGUUGCUGUUUUACUAGGUGCUGGUGGGAUGUCUGUUAUGGCUAUAUGGGCGUAAUUUGUUUUUUUUUUCGUUGUGAAAAAGGGAAGCAUUAGACUUCCUUUUUUUAUUUUUCUAUUUUUUCUAAAUUUUGCUCCAUCAUCGAUGUAAAUAAUUUUGAACAA